GCGCCGGCGAGCGGCGGCGGCGGCGGGCCGAGGAGGAAAGAUGGCGGCGGGCUCGGAUCUGCUGGACGAGGUCUUCUUCAACAGCGAGGUGGACGAGAAAGUGGUGAGCGACCUGGUGGGCUCGCUCGAGUCGCAGCUGGCGGCCAGCGCGGCCCACCACCACCACCUCGCGCCCCGCGCGCCCGAGGCGCGGGCCGCGGCCGCCGGCGCGCUCGGGAACCAUGUCGGAGCCGGAGCGGCCGUGCCGGCCGAGGGCGCGCCCGCAGCGGCGCCGGAGCCGCCCCCCGCAGGUAGAGCGCGGCGCGGCCUGAGCGCGGGCGGGCGCCGGCCGGGGCCCGCGUCCUCACCGCGCCAUCCGCUUGUCCCCGCAGGGCCCGCCGCGAAGCUGAGCGCGCUCGAGGCCGGCGCCGGCGCCGGGGCCGGGCCCGGGGCCGGGGCCUGCGCGCCGGGGGCCGCGGCCGCGCCCGCCGCCCAGCCCGCCGCCCGCAACGGCCCGCCCGGCGGCCCCGGCGCCGCGCAAACUUUGAAUGUGGAGCGCCGCGCUGGGGACCUCGCUCCGCGCCGGCCGCCGCAUGCUGUCAGCCUGCUCCACAACGGUCCCGCGCCCGCGCCGCCGCCCAAGCCCGUCCGCUGGCCGCCGCCACUGUCAUCCAGACGCCGCCCUUCCUAGGCGUCCCCCGCCGCGCCCGCGUCCCCGCGCCCCCCCCCCGCCCUCGCCCCCCUCGCCCGUCCGUCGCCCCCUCCGCCCGUGCCGCCCCGCCGCCUCCGCCGCCGCCGGCCGCCGCCAGCCUGGCCCGGCCGCCCGCCCCCCGCCGGAGCCCCGGCGGCGGCGCAGUAACGGGGCAGCGCCGCGCCCGCGCCCGCCCUCGCGCCCGCCCCGGCCCCCGCGCCCGCCCCGGCCCCUGCCCCUGCCCCGGGCCGGCCGCCGCGGCCCGGGCAGGUGGCCAAGGCCGACUCGCCCAAGACGGCGGUGCAGCCGGCGCCCGCGCCGCCGCAGGCCCUGGCGGCCAGCUGCCCGGCCGGCGCGGGGGCCGGCAUGAUCCUCGGGCCAACUAUGCAAGGAGCGCUGCCCGCCGCCGCCGCCGCCGGACUGCCGCCGCCGCCGGCCCCCGGCACCCCCACCGGGCUGCCCAAAGGCUCGGCCAGCGCGGGGCCCCAGAGCCUGCCCAGGACGCCCUCGGCCACCACCGGCGGGAUCCGGGCCACGCUGACGCCCACGGUCCUCGCCCCUCGCCUGCCGCAGCCGCCUCAGAACCCGACCAACAUCCAGAACUUCCAGCUGCCCCCAGGUAUGGUCCUCGUGCGGAGCGAGAACGGGCAGUUGUUAAUGAUUCCUCAGCAGGCCUUGGCCCAGAUGCAGGCCCAGGCCCACGUGCAGACCCAGCCUCAGACCACCAUGGCGCCCCGCCCUGCAACCCCCACAAGUGCCCCUCCCGUCCAGAUCUCUACCGUACAGGCACCCGGGACCCCUAUUAUUGCACGGCAGGUGACCCCAACAACCAUAAUCAAGCAAGUGUCUCAGGCCCAGACGACGGUACAGCCCGCCACGGCACUGCAGCGCUCGCCCGGAGUGCAGCCUCAGCUGGUUCUGGGUGGCGCUGCCCAGACAACUUCCCUCGGGACGGCCACGACUGUUCAGACGGGGACACCUCAGCGAACGGUGCCAGGGGCCACCACCACCUCCACGGCUGCCACGGAAACCAUGGAAAACGUGAAGAAAUGUAAAAACUUUCUAUCUACGUUAAUAAAACUGGCCUCAUCUGGUAAACAGUCUACAGAGACAGCCGCUAACGUGAAAGAGCUGGUCCAGAACCUACUGGAUGGAAAAAUCGAAGCGGAAGAUUUCACCAGUAGGUUAUACCGAGAACUUAAUUCUUCACCUCAACCUUACCUUGUGCCUUUCCUGAAGAGAAGCUUGCCCGCCUUGAGACAGCUGACCCCCGACUCCGCGGCCUUCAUCCAGCAGAGCCAGCAGCAGCCGCCGCCCGCCUCGCAGGCCACCACCGCGCUCACGGCCGUGGUGCUGAGCAGCUCGGUCCAGCGCACGGCCGGGAAGACGGCGGCCACCGUGACCAGCGCUCUCCAGCCCCCUGUCAUCAGCCUCACGCAGCCCACACAGGUUGGCGUUGGCAAGCGGGGGCAGCCCACGCCGCUGGUCAUCCAGCAGCCGCCCAAGCCCGGAGCACUGAUCCGCCCGCCGCAGGUGACGUUGACGCAGACGCCCGUGGUCGCCCUCCGGCAGCCUCACAGUCGCAUCGUGCUCACCGCGCCUCAGCAGAUCCAGCUGAACCAGCUGCAGCCAGUGCCCGUGGUGAAGCCCGCCGUGCUACCUGGAACCAAAGCGCUCUCUGCCGUCUCGGCUCAAGCAGCUGCCGCGCAGAAAAACAAACUCAAGGAGCCCGGGGGAGGCUCGUUUCGGGAUGACGAUGACAUCAACGACGUGGCCUCGAUGGCGGGAGUAAACCUGUCGGAAGAAAGUGCACGAAUAUUAGCCACGAACUCUGACUUAGUGGGCACCCUGACGCGAUCCUGUAAGGAUGAAACCUUUCUCCUACCAGCGCCUUUACAGAGAAGAAUCCUAGAGAUCGGUAAAAAACACGGCAUCACGGAGUUGCAUCCGGACGUUGUGAGUUACGUAUCACACGCCACGCAGCAGAGGCUACAGAAUCUCGUGGAGAAAAUAUCAGAGACGGCCCAGCAGAAGAACUUCUCGUACAAGGAUGAUGACAGAUACGAGCAGGCAAGUGAUGUCCGGGCUCAGCUCAAAUUUUUUGAGCAGCUUGAUCAAAUUGAAAAGCAGAGGAAAGACGAGCAAGAGAGAGAGAUCCUCAUGCGGGCGGCCAAGUCUCGAUCCAGACAAGAAGACCCAGAACAGCUAAGGUUGAAACAGAAGGCAAAAGAGAUGCAGCAGCAGGAACUGGCGCAGAUGAGGCAGCGGGACGCCAACCUCACCGCGCUCGCCGCCAUCGGGCCCCGGAAGAAGCGGAAGGUGGACUCUCCGGGACCAGGGUCGGGGACGGAGGGGUCGGGCCCAGGCUCGGCGGUCCCAGGCAGCUCCGGCGUCGGAACCCCCAGACAGUUCACGCGACAAAGGAUCACGCGGGUCAACCUCAGGGACCUCAUAUUUUGUUUAGAGAAUGAGCGUGAGACAAGCCAUUCACUGUUGCUCUACAAAGCAUUCCUCAAGUAGCACAGGGCGGGCGCGGCGUCGCGGAUGGAGACGCCUGGGACGCUUUUAUAUAUUUGCAGAUGACGCCUUUUGUAACAAGCAAAUGGGAUAUUGUUUAAAAAACAGCCACCUCUUUACAACGGAACAGUUUUAUAUUCCUGUUUCUAAGUCAACUCUUCAGUGCGGAAGAAAACACGUUUCUGUAACAGAGAACACAGAGGCCCGUGGGCCCUCUUAAAGGACAAUUAACUCUUAACUCAUCUUUGAUUGAGUGGCCUUCUUGCCAAACAAGCCAUAUAUAAAAACUGAUGGAAUCGUUUAGCAAAUAAUCAGUUGCCCUCUGUCACCUCGUAGCGGUUUCUACAUUAUUUGUGCGUUUUGGUUCAUUCAACCCGACUUACUGCGUAGGUGUGUGUCUACAGCGAUGACCUCAUUUCAUUUAUUUUAUUUUUGUAUUAGUCAGUUGGCAAAGCAAACUGAUUUUUUAGACUAUUUAUCUGCCCGUCCCCUCCCUCGCCAGAGUCCCCGAGGAGCCCGGAGCCCACGGCGCGCCCGCGCGGAGCGGAGCCACCUUCCUGCUCAGGAGAGGCCGUGCCGCCGGCUCCUCCCGAGCGCGUGGUCGGCACCUGUACAGACGCAGUUUAUUUGCUGUAGUUUGUAAAGCUGUAAAGUUAAAAGAAAUGAAAACCUUUUCAGCAUAAAUAUAUUUUACUUGCACUGUGUUUUUUAGCUAAAAGUGGAAACUUAGAUGAAAUAAAAUCAAAGUUGAGAAGAAUCAUCAAAAGACUGUUUCUCAGUGUGAAUCAAGUGUUGAAAAAUGGUUGGUGUAUUUUGUCAGUAAUUGUACAUAGUUUUUGGCACAUAACAUAAAAAUGGCUAUGUAAACUAUAAUUAUUUUGCUAAGAGACUGUAAGCAAAAGCUGUGGGCCGACUUCGCAGAUGUCCAGAGCAAAGCCCCUUCUUUGUACCUAUUUUUUUAUUACAAAUAUACUAAUUGGUUCUUUAUAUUUUCA